AUGACUGAUAAAAAUUUGGAGACCAAUUUGGAAGCCAGAGGGACUGUCCGCGCAGGAGAUGAUGAGAUGUCUGGUGCAAAAGCAGUGGGCUGGAGGGUGAGUAAGUCAUAUUGUUUUUCUUUUUCUAAGGAAUCUAUCAGCAUCUCCCAAGAAGAAAUCACAAGAAACAUAAAUGAAUUGGGAAUUUCUGAGUCUGCUGAAGUUCUCACAGAGAAAGCUAAGCCCACUGUGGAAAAAAAGAUCUACCUACAGCAACUGGACAAAAUCAACCAAUUUUAUCAGAAUUUGAACUUCCUCCAAUAUCUCCAAGCUCUUCAUCAACCUCAGAUUGUUAUGAACCCAUGGGAUCAGAUUGAGAGAAGAGCCUAUUCCUUUAUUCCCACUGUGAACAGAGAACAGCUCUCCACCAGUGAGGAAACCUCAGGGAAGACUGUUGACAUGGAGUCAACUGAAGUACUCACCAAAAAAAUUGAGCUGACUGAAGAAGAAAAGAAGUACCUAACACUUUGGAACAAAAUCAACCAAUAUUAUCAGAAGUUCACCCUGCCCCAAUAUCUCAAGACUGUUCAGCAAUAUCAGGCAGCAUUGAAACCAUGGAAUCACAAUAAGAUAAAUGCUUACCAAAUUACCCCUACUCUGAGACACUUUUAAGAAUCUUGAAUUAACAGCUUCUACUUCUUUUGGUUUGGCUGGAAAAUCUAUCUCUACAUUUUCUUAUCUACCAUAUUACUUCAUUACUACCAGCAUGCUUGGACAGACCUAUUAAUAGGGCAGAAAUGUUGAGCCAAAGGAAGACUGUGCAGAAUAUUUCCCGAAUAGUUUAUACUUUUCCUGUUAGUUCAUGUUGAGUGUAUUGGGUCUGUAUUGUGGUUUCAUACAAACUGGGCUGAUGAUUAUUUAAGAUAUUUUCAUCAUU